AUGUCAGUGGUGCACAAAUUUCAGUUUCAGAUCGAGCAUCAUCUAUUUCCAACAUUACCACGUCCGAAUCUCCACCAGGCAUCAAUCCGAGUGAGGAAGUACUGUGAACUGAAUGGUCUACCGUACAUGGUAGAUGACUACUGGACUGGAUAUCUUUUAAUACUGGAUCAGUUAAAGAAAAUUGCCAGACUGGUAACUAAAAUGGCAUACGCUCGUCAUCAAAACCUAUGUGAUUGA